GGAGUUGACGUAGCAAAAACAAGGUAUAUAUCGGGGCAUAUCUGCGGGGAACAAGAGGCCCCCUCUUUGUCAAUGGUAGCUCUCUUAUCUCAGUGCACUAGCAAACAGCAUCUAUCUCACAACCAAAAGGCACCAGGUGGCUCAAAUAGAAUAUAACGUUAAAACGAAUCUCCGAAAUAUCAAGUGAACCAGGAAAUAUGGCCCAGAAGCGUUGGAUAGAAAUCAAUUGCGACAUGGGCGAGGGCUUCGGCCGAUGGAAGAUGGGCCCCGACGAAGAACUAAUGCGCUACGUCGACGUCGCCAACGUAGCCUGCGGCUUCCACGCCGGCGACCCCUCAACCAUGGUCCGUACAGUACGUCUCGCCAAGCAACACAACGUGCGCGUCGGGGCACAUCCGGGAAUGCCGGACUUACUCGGUUUCGGACGGCGCCGUAUGGCCGUAUCUCCGGAAGAUAUGUAUGCCAUAGUCUUAUACCAAGUCGGAUCUCUAGCCGGCAUCCUCGCAGCCGAAGGAGUGCCCCUAAACCACGUCAAGCCACACGGGGAGUUGUACUUUUAUAUCCAACGUGACGCCACAAUUCGAGAUGCCGUACUUCGCGCCGUACGCACAUUUAACGUGCCGAUUUAUGGGUUAGCUACUAAGGAUAUGGUCGAAGAUUGCGAGCGGAUCGGGUUAAAGCUCGUUUCGGAGUUUUAUCCGGAUAUCAGUUACAACGACCAGGGGCAGCUUAUGCCGGUAGCAGAAUCGGAUCCCGUUACUCCGGAGAUAAUUUCAAAGCGAGUGUUGACUUUUGCUGUCGAAGGGCGAGUUCUUAGUAAAGCUGGGAAUGUGGUCGAUGCACCUGUUGAUCCACAGGGGUUUAGCAUUUGCAUUCAUUCAGAUCUACCAGGCGCAUUGGACAAUGCUGCUGGAGCAAGGGCAGCUGUCGAUGAAGCAAAGAAACAGAUAUGAAUAUUCAAAAAAAUUUAUUUGGCCCUUUUUGACUACCUACCAUGAUAGACACUAUCACAAGACUAAACAUAAAGAAGGUGUAGC